GGAGUCGGCGGAGCGGCCGGGCGAGGAGCUCAACCCGGCCCGGCCCGGCCCGGCCCCGCAGCAGCGGAGAUGGCGGCGGGCGGAACCGACGGGGCCGGUGUCGGGUCCGGUAUCGGGUCCGGUAUCGGGUCCGGUGUCGGGUCCGGUAUCGGGUCCGGUAUCGGGUCCGGUAUCGGGUCCGGUGUCGGGUCCGGUAUCGGGUCCGGUAUCGGGUCCGGUAUCGGGUCCGGUGUCGGGUCCGGUAUCGGGUCCGGUAUCGGGUCCGGUAUCGGGUCCAGUAUCGAGCUGCUCCUGGAGGCUGCCGAGUACCUGGAGCGUCGGGAGCGAGAGGCCGAACACGGCUACGCCUCCACGAUGCCCGGACAUGGAGCAGCGCGAAGGGACAGAACGAGGAGCAGGAACGGCCGGAGGAACGGAGGGGGCGGAAGGUCGACUCACAAUGAGAUGGAAAAGAACAGGCGUGCCCACCUGCGGCUGUGUUUGGAGAAGCUGAAGGUGCUGGUGCCGCUCGGCCCCGAAUCCAGCAAGCACACCACGCUGAGUUUACUCAUGAAAGCCAAAUUGCACAUCAAGAAGCUGGAGGACUACGACAGGAGAGCCCUCCACCAGAUUGAGCAGCUGCAGCGUGAGCAGCGGCACCUGAAGCGGCAGCUGGAGAAGUUGGGCAGCGAGAGGAUCCGCACCGACAGUGUUGGCUCCACUGUGUCCUCGGAGCGCUCCGACUCGGACAGAGAAGAGAUCGACGUGGAUGUGGAGAGCACCGACUCCCUGCCCGCAGACCUGGACUGGAGCAGCAGCAGCCCCAGCGACUCGGAUGAGCGCGGCAGCCUGCAGAGCGUGUGCAGCGACGAGGGCUACGCCAGCUCGGGUGUGCGGAGGGCGAAGGCGCAGAGCUCUCACAAGCUGUGCCCUGCUCUCUAAGGAUCAGACCCCUCAGCUCUCCCACCCACCGCUCUUUCCUGGUUGGUAGCGAACCAGACCGUCCCGCAGUUCCCUUGUGCCGCUGACACCAAGUCCGCUUUGCCCCGGUCCCAAGCAGGGCUGUGGGUGCUGAGUUUCUCCCACUCGCUUCUCACCCCGUUGGGAAGCUCAUCUCAGCGACACUGUACAUUCCAGCCCCGUUUUGGUGCGCCUGGGAAUAUCGCAGCGGUAACAGCAAUGCUGGAUGAGCUCAGCUUUCCUUUGCCUUGCUGUUACUGCUCCCUAUUCCAGAUCUUUGUAGUGUUUGCCCACUAACAAUCAGCACCAGGGCCCUAAUAUGCAUUGUGUGGGUGAGACCCAGCCUUGUUGGUAGCUCGGAGCAGGUAGAAAGCAGAGGGAGGUCUGCAACGGAGCGUCAGUCGGUGGCCUUCCCUCCACUGACUCUAAAAAUUCAGGGUAGCAACGGACCCCUCCUGCAAAGCAAAAAGCUCUGCUCCUCCCGGCAGCCUCGGGAUGGACAUCUCCAGCUCUGGAAGUUCCUGGAAUGCCUCAAAACCAAAUGGUGCUGUCCCCGCGCUGUGCCCUCUCGCGUUACGGCCGCGUGUCCUAGGACGGCCUUGGCGCUUCUUGUCUCUGGGACAAUUUCUUUUCUACCUCGGAGAGAUGAACAAAGAUUAUCUCCAUCCAUUUAGCACAAAAACAAACAAACAAGAUGCCUCAUUGGUUCUACAGAAGCGCUGCUCGGUCCCAUCGCAUCCAUUUAGCAAUAAGCGGCGGCGCUGCUGCAUGAAGCACUUGCCCGGCCCUUAAGUUGUGUGUGGGUGCUCUCCAUGCUGAGGAUUUGGGUUUCCACCAUAGGGUGCCACAACCAAACGCCAAAAGAAAAGGCCAACCCCGUCCCCUGGCCUCAAGGCUGUGGUUUCCAGCUGUGCCGAUGCGUUGAAGCCAACUCGAGCAUGUUCUACAAACAGUAUUUCUUCAUUUUCUUUGACGUGAAUGGAGUUAUGACUUCAUGCUUUACAGGACACUCUGGGAUCGCUGUAUGCAGAGUCCUCUGAUGGAGAUGCAGAGAUUUCCCCUCAAACCCUCAAGGAAGUGAGUUUUCCUACUUCAUCUCUCAUGCUCAAUGUCAGAUGCUUUGGUGAUGGGGAUGGAACAUCCAUGUGGGGCUCAGAAGCCAUUCCGACUCUUUGAGAAGACUCCUUGGGGAUAUUUAGUACCAGGUUGAAUGGGACCUUGGGCAACCUGAUCUAGUAUGUGAUUGAGCAGUGGGCAGCCCUGCCUGGGGCAGGGGGUUGGAACUUAAUGGUCCUCGGGGUCCCUUUGAACCCAAGCCAUGCUGUGAUUCUAAGAAAACUCAUGAAAAACCACCCCACAAUGACAAAAAAACAACCCCAUGAAGACAAAACCCCAUGGAAACCCAUCUCAAGAAGACCAAAACUGAUGGAAACCACCCCCAAAGACAAAAACCCAUGGAAACCCACUCCAAGAAGACAAAGAGCCCACGAAAACCCACAGGAGCCCACCCCAAGAAGACAAAACCCCAUGGAUAAAGCUGAAUAUCUGCACUCGGAGGCGCACUGCUCUGACUCAUGAUGGCUCAAUCCCUCUGCAGCCCCUUUCUUCCAAGCACUGAUGAAAUCCCAGUUCCAGCCCCGGUGUGGUGGGAAUGCACUCCAAGGGGAAACAGGAGGAAACGUGUUGUUCUCCACUUAGUUACAGCGAGGGUUAAGGUUUAGUCUCUAACUGUUCAUUUUUGGUGUUGUGCCUUUUUGGGCUGACCUCAUUCUUUUGGUGAAACUUGGCGUGUUGGGUUUGGUUGUGGGUUUUUUUUUUGUUGUGAUUUUUUGCCCUUCAUUUCUGUCCCAAACGAAGCAGUGAUCCUCUGACCUUUGGACAUGCUCCUCUCCAACACACCGGCAUUGGAUAAAAAGAAACCCCAAUAAACUCAAAGCUUUGGCAAACGAUGCGCUGCCGUCGGACGGGCACGAAGCUUGAACCCAAAACCACGGGCUUUUCCCCCAAAACUCCAGCUGUGAGCUUGGAGCAGCGCCCUGAGGCCGCCAGCCUUUCCUCAAAUUCACCAGCAUUACUCAGAGAUAAGCUGCAGCGAUGAGAUUUUUGUUGUUGUUAUAAAUUGUUGGAAAUAAAAUGGGGGCAGCGAGGAGCACCCCCUGCGUUUACACAGACGUGCGAAUCCAAACCGCUCCACUUGGGGUUGGGAAGCCCCCAGCCCUGGGAGCUGGUCCCCAUCCCAUCCCUCAAUCUGGGGCAGAACAAAGCCAGCAGCGGAGGCUUCUCCAUCCCCACCUCAGGAGCCUUCCCCACCUCAGUGGCUUUUGAUGCAUUUUCAUUGCCCUUCCCACUUAUUUUAUCCCUUUUUUUCCUUCCACUUUACCCCUGAGCCCCAACCCCCCGCUCCUUGGCUUUUUUAGCAUCACUUUUGAGUUCUGGCAUCUUCUGAACGAUAGACACGGAGUGAAAGGGGAGCAGCAGAUGGGAGGAUGCAAGAUUUCCUUACCAGGCGUUCAAUUCCCGUUGUACAUAGCACGUCACUAUGAAUCCUGUGUCAAGGCCAUCUAAUGGUGCUUCUCUUUUUUGUUUUCUUACAAGUUAGCACACGCGGGUUUUUUUUAGAAGAGUCCGUGUUUUAGACAGACCUGGCCGUGUGUCCGUAUACUUCUGUAUUGUUGGAUUGUUAGAGAAUAAAUUAUUUCAGUACGAA